GAAUCAUUGCAACAAGUUCUGCCAGCCCAGAGAAAUGUGGCUUACAUUUCUGACUCUUUAAAUAGUUAAUGUCUUGGGGGGGAAAGAACACAUUGUUCACUUGGUCUUUCCAGAGAGAGACAGAGGGGCAGAGUUUUGAUGAGUCCCUGUAAAUUUCUACUGUGAAAAUAUGUUGCUACUGUAUUUAGGAGAGAGGAAUGCAUGUGAGGGUAAAGCACUAAAAAACACAGUAUUACUUUAUACUUGUGUGUAGUAUAAAGUGCUUUUUCAAAACACUGUUUUGUCUACUAUGCAAAUCUCAUAGAUCUAUUCUAAGCCAUGAGAGCUACAACUGAAGAAGAGGAGUCUCCUCUAACUACUCCCUAUUGUCUUUACAGGCCAAAGCAAACAGAUUAGGUAGUUUUUAAAUGUGGAUGCUGUCAUGAUAAGCCAUAGUACUAUGACUGGAGUAGACAGGGAGUUGCAUUGGUGACCCUCUGUUUUAUAGAUGCUAUACACAUAAGAAUUACUAUUGUAAAACAAAAAUGUUUCUUUUAGGGCGAAAAUGAUCAAGCAUGAGGCUUUUUGGUGCACAUUGUUCUCUUUGUAGUCUGGACUUUCUCUGCACAGUGUGGGAAGAGCCAAACUGCCAAAAGUUCUUAUGUAACAGUCAGCCCGGUGGCAUCGGCAGCACACAGGACUUCUCUCUCCUUUCUGUGGAUCCCAUCUACCUCCAACUGUGGCACCUCACUGUGCACCACUGUGUCCGCUUCUAUUUAUGCCACUGAUAUGGGCCAAGAGGGAUCUUUAUAGGAGCAGGCUACAGUUGGACAUUUGAGUAUUUUACAGUUCUGAAUUUUUUGGAUGAAGCCGUGUUACAACAUUAGUAGUGAUUACAAAUUAAAACAUGAUUUAUAUAUAUUUUAGUUUUAAAGUUAUUUAUAGCAUUGAUUUCAGUAACUGUAUUGUCAUGCUCAUAUUUCUAUCAUUGAUUUGAUGGCCCAUUAACCUCAUGACAAGUGUUUAACGUACAAAUAUAAGUGAGCGUUUGUCCUGGCCUGUGCCUAAGAAGCAGGAGGAGGAGCAGUGUAUAAUUAGAUCUGAGUGAGACAGAGUAAUCCUCAGGAUUUAAUGCUGGUGUGAGGAGUCCACUGCUCUGUACAGUUUGUAUUCAAAUAGUGGAUAGUGAUUAUUUGUGAAACAAUUAGUCUGUGCAUCGUUAGUGCAGGUGCUCAGUGCCUGUGGGUUCAUAAAGAAAACAUUAUCUAUACAUGCCCAGGUGUCUGACAGGAAGUUCAUCCUCUGUCCAAUGGCAGAACAGUGCUCUCCCAUAGCCCAUGUGUUACUUUGACCUGUGUAGCAUGUUAACUGUGAAGGUGUCUUAAAUACAAUGUUCAAAUUGUAUUUCCAUCACUAGCGGUCUGUUACCUACUACCUGUGUACUCUGAGCUGUCCCUAACUGUCCGGUUCCUUGUUGGUCAGAACAGAUUACUGGCCUCUGUGUGCUCUGCCAGGUGGGUGUGGCGAUGUGAGUCAUCAGAGCUCUCUGCACAUGGCAAACUACUUUACAACAUGUGUCCUGCAUUUGUGGUCACCGUGCAACAGGCAAUGGAGGAGAAUUAUUUCACUAUUUGCAUAUUUGAGUGCUUUUCUGGAUAGUUUUUCCACAGAAGAACAGUCUGCUGUUUUGUGUAGUGUGUCUCUUCUCCAGCUAUUCGACGACAGCCCUCGAGUUUGAGAAGGAGCACCAGAUAGCUCCUGUGUACGAGUCUCCCAGGAUGUCCAGGAGGAGCCUGCGCCUGAAGAACAGUGUGGCACAGCUGGACAACAACAGUGUGGUGGACUACUACAGCCAGAGCAGCAGCAGCUACAGCAGCAGCACCAGGAAAGAGACACGAACAUCUCGGAGCAAAAAGCAACAGUCUGCAUCACGUUCAUUAUCUUUGAGUCAAGUUUCUACACCAAGGGUAGCCCUGUCAUUUUCAGCUGUUAGUACUCCUAUACAACACAACAGUGAACUUCAGGAAAGCAACACAGCCUUUGACGCCUCUUUGCACUCCUCUACUUUGGAUCAGUCUCAACUCAGACAACGCAACAUCUCCACAAUAAUCACUACCACCUCUACUGUUCAUGAACACAGGCAAAAGGGCUCUGGCUCUGACCACAGUACCAGUGUCAAUGGCGGCUGCAGUGCCAAUUCAUCAAAAUCUCAUACAACGGUUGCCAAUGGUUACUUGUGUAAAGACUGCGCACACCACUCCCAAAGAACGGGUGCGCUUACAACACAAACGACAUCUUCAUCCUCCUCCUCUUCUUCCUCUCGUGUCCAAGAAGCCUCCACAGAUGUGCUUUCCUCCUCAUCCUCACCUUUCACCAGUAUAUACUCCAGAGAUAGAAGUCGGAGAAACAAAACUGGUGUUUUGAGGUCUAUAUCUAACACGUGUAUGAGUUACAGCAGACAAACACUGGCGUCUGUUGUGUCUUUAGUUACACUAUUCUUCAACAGAGUGCUCUUGGUUGGUUCACAAGCAAAGAGUCUGUCUGGAAAAGGUGUCUUUUCAUCGGUCUCAAGUUCAGUGGGGCAGGCCCUGUCAUCCAGUGUCUCUCGACUGCAGUUGUUAAAACAAAGCACUCUCCAAAGAGUUAUGGGAUACUACAGAACAACUGGUCAUGAAGAACAAGCGCACUCAAGCUUCUGUGGCAGCUUGAAUGUGAAGGAUCUGACAACUGAAGAUGCAUCGCACUUCAAGUUUAAUGGUUCCUUAUGUGACGACUGUAAAGGAAAGCAGUAUUCGGACACACAUACUCUCCUGCAUGCACACUGCUCCAGGCGCAGAAGGCUGGCAGGGGCACUAUGGAGCAUACUGGCAUUCACAGGUUACUGCCUCCUUCAGCCUGGCUACUGUGUGGUAAAUGCAGCUAAAGCCUUUGCCUCAGGGGUCGGAACUGUAACACAAAAGUCUGCCUCUCUGUUUUGGUUCCUAUUAGCUGCUCCAGUAAAUGCCGGAAAAGGGCUCUUGUGGUUUCUUGCCUGUGGAUGGUACCAUUUGGUCUCUUUGAUGUCUGUUCUGAAUGUGUUUUUUCUCACAAGCCUUCCCAAGCUAUGGAAGCUCCUGCUGCUCCUAUUACCCUUGUUACUCCUUCUUGCCCUUUGGUGGUGGGGUCCGUCCACUGCGGCUCUGCUCGCCUAUCUCCCUGCCAUAAACCUCACCGAAUGGCGUCCAGCAUCUCCCAUCACUGUACUGUCAAACUUGAUGUCGACCCAGAAGUCAGUGUCUGUCUCUGCUCCUAUUGCUGCACCGGAGUCCUCAGUGGAAUACACCCCAACCACCCCAGUGUCACAGGCAUCAUCGGCCCUUCCUCCAGUGGUCCUCUCCGGUGUGGACUUGUCCCGUCUGGAACAGGUGGAGAAGCAGCUGGCCCUCCUGUGGGAGCGGGUGAAGCAGGGUGAUGAGAAGCAGGAGCAGAGGCAUGGGGACAUUUUGGUUCUGUACAACAGCCUGAAGGAGCAGCUCCACACAGAGACGGACAGAGAGAGAUUGGGACUGUGGGUGUCCUCUCUCCUGGAGCAGAGGCUCGGAGCUCUGCAGGGAGAGCUGGAGAAGGAGGGGACACAGUGGGCACAGACCGCAGAACAGCAGAAACAACAGCAGGAGAGUCAGGGAGCACGACUGGCCGAGUUGGAACUGCUGUUAAAAGCUUUGGCUGCCAGAACUGAGGAGGUGCAACAAAAGCAGCAGCACUUUGAGUCUGAGAGGGAGGAAAGUGAAAAACAGGCUGUAGAUGCAGCGCCUGUCAGUGUGGGCGUACAGCAGGAGGACCAUGCCGCUCUCCUUGCCCAAGUGAAGAGACUGGAGUCAGAGCUGGGCAGAAUCAGAGACGAUCUGCAGGGUGUGAUCGGAUGCAAGGGGAAGUGUGAGCAGCUGGACACUCUACACGAUACUCUUUCCACCCAGAUAUCCUCACAGAUCUCCUCAGAGGUGUCUGCCCAAGUGCGUAAAGAACUGCAGGCCCUGUUCUACGGCAGUGGUAAGGAUGGGGAGGUACCAGAGUCCUUGCUCCUCUGGCUGUCGCAGCACUACACCAGAACCCCAGAUUUGAAGGCGGCACUGGCCGAACUCGAGCUCAACAUCCUCCAAAAUGUGUCACAGCAGCUGGAGCUCAACAAAGCCCAGACUAUGGGAGAGGUCCAGUCUCACACACAGAGCAUUGUUCAGACAGUCACAGGGACCGUACAGCACACAGCCUCUGCGGAGGGGCUCACAGAGGAGCACGUUAAACUGAUCGUCCAGAAUGCUUUGAAGCUCUUUUCUCAAGAUCGAACCGGCCUGGUGGACUUUGCCCUAGAAUCUGGAGGAGGCAGCAUCUUGAGCACCCGCUGCUCUGAGACGUAUGAAACAAAAACUGCUCUCAUGAGCCUGUUUGGUCUUCCCCUCUGGUACUUCUCCCAGUCUCCUCGAGUAGUCAUCCAGCCUGACGUGUACCCAGGGAACUGUUGGGCAUUCAAAGGUUCUCAGGGCUACCUGGUGAUCCGGCUUUCUAUGAGAGUCGUGCCUACAUCUUUCUGUCUCGAGCACAUUCCCAAAACAUUAUCGCCAACUGGAAACAUCACCAGUGCUCCACGCAACUUCACAGUCUUUGGGUUGGAUGAUGAGUAUCAAGAAGAAGGAAAACUUCUUGGGAACUAUAUUUAUCAAGAAGAUGGAGACUCACUUCAAACCUUUCCCGUCAUGGAGCCCAACGAAAAGGCGUUCCAGAUCAUUGAGGUCCGUGUUCUCUCUAACUGGGGUCAUCCAGAAUACACCUGCCUCUACCGCUUCAGAGUUCACGGAGAACCACAACCACAAUGAACCAGGCAUCAACUUCAACAUAUCUAUGGAGACAUAUCAUCAUCUGUACAUAGCUGAUGCCAACUUUUAGAAAUGGAUGAACACUUUGAUAUAUUUGGACAUUUUUCAUGCCAUAGAAGAAGGAUCCAAAUUGCUUUAUGCAUGUGUUUUGUACAGGAAGAAGAACUAUAUAUAUAUAAAGACUAUGGAAGAACACAAACAGGAAAUGAACCACAAAAGAAGCUAGCAAUCUCUUCUUUUUGAAAUGCUUUUGCACUGAUAUAUUGUGAGGGUUUGAGACUCACUAACUGGACAAAAUCUACCCUCUUGCGUGUUCUGGUUUUUCAGUAAGGAUGCGUAAAAAAGGGUAUAAGUUCACUUCUCACAUUAUUUUUGUCAUUUGUAUUAGCUUUGAAGCCACUACAUCUUUGCCUGACACACUAGACAUGCUAUGUUAUUUGUUGAUUAUGUUUCAUCUUUAUAUGAUGUUUAUAGAGGCAAUAGAAAAUACACUAGGCAGGUAUUGAAUGUUUGUGGAGACAUACUGAAAGUCUUCCUCUGUCCACAGAAACACAAUGUAAACACUGAGCUGAACUCUAAUGUUAGUGUUUGUAUAUGGCUUUAUAAUUUAUUAUGUGCAGCAGUUAAAAGGGUUGUGUAAAUCCCCCACAUUUAUUAGCAUGUGGCUUACUAAGCUUGGUUUAACCUGCAUCAUGGAUUUUAAAAAGUGGUCUCUAUCAGACAGUCCACUGCUUGGAUUUUAAACUCAAAAUCAUAAAAUACUAAUGAACUUAUCGAUCGGAGGGGAGUGAAGGCUUUGUUUUUUUUGUACUGGUUUUAUUUUCUCACAGGAGGGAACUUUUCAUUUAGUUUGAAAAUUAAGACUUCACCAUAUCCCUCUUAUGUUUAAAACAUGUCUAGUAAUAGUAUCCUUACAGUAGUUUUUCUGAUUUCUGUUAUAAAUCUGUCACCGUAAGUUUUUAUUUGAAGUUAAUCAUGACUUUGUGUUUAUGAUGUAAAGAAAUGCACUGUAAAAAGAAAAAAAGUGGCACCAGUCUUCACAAUAUUUGAGAAACCAAUGUGUAGUUAAUUUUGGUUGCAAAGAUGGGAAAGGCUGAAAUGUUAUGUACAAAGUUUGUUCAAAUAUUAUUUAUUAACAAGUCGGUUGGUGACCACAAAUUAUGAGUUACUGCAAUGUAUAUUUUGUUAUAAAAACUGUUUUGUGCAUUUUGGAAACAUCUUGGGACUUUUUUAAGAUAAAAUGCUAUUUUUGUUCAGUCAUGAGAUGACUUAACUGCUUUGGAAUAUAUUCCAAUAAAGAUUUUAAAUAAAGAAAUUUUA